AUGAUAGUUUCUACAACGUUUUCGUCUUCAUCUUAUGCCGUGUUUGACAAAAAAAGGAAUUGGAGUGACGCUUUGUCCUUCUGUCAGCGCUUUGGUGCCGAUUUGGUGAAGAUUGAAUCCCAGGGAGAAACUGAGUUUAUUAACGCGACCUGGCUCUUGUCUCUGGGGAAGAUGUGGAUUGGACUAAAUGACUUGGAGGUCGAAGGUGUUUGGAAGUGGUCGGACAACACUAGCUUAGGCGUGUACUCUAACUGGGGAUAUCGUAAACCAAGCAACUGGAAAAACCAGCAUUGUGUAGUUUUAGUCCGCGGAUUCAUGGGAAAAGACUUCUUUGAUGCCCAAUGGAAUGACGUGCGUUGUGAGAGAACUUUGUUUUACCUUUGUAAGAAGAAAUCGUAG